UAAAAGUCCACUUUGUACAUUCAAGGUUCUUGGUCUGGUGGCAAGUAUUAAUGUGCCAAAAGAACGACUUUGACAGAGUCUACCUGCACAGCUAGGGUUCAUUAAUUGGUGUUAGCGACGGACACAACCUCCAGGAAGUUCCCCAAGAAGGCAAGCGAAUGCGGUGGUCGGGGCAUAUUUGUAGCGGAACGUUUCGUCGCCAGGAUAUUGCAGGAUCGAGAAGGAGGGAGCGAGAGGAGAAGAAAGCUAUCCAGCGUAAUCUGAGUCUACCUGCAGAAAACUUCCCUUCCAGGAUUCAUAAGGAAGGAACGAAAGGAGAAGAAACUAUCCAGCGCAGUCCCGAGUCCACCCCCAACAAACUUCCCUGCUAGGAUUUAUAAGGAGGGAACGAGCGGAGAAGAAGCUAUCUGGCCUAGUGUGAGUCCCCCUGCAGCAAGCUUUCCUUCUAGGAGUUUGGAAUUUGACAGAAAUAAGGCGUUCCCACAAUUUCAAGCUCAAAUCCCCUUCCUUUAACAAGAACGAAUCAAAGCCCGAAACAACCCGCUACAUCACCACUUUUCAUCAGCACGAGAAUGUUGUCUUGCUUCAAGAACUGUCUUUCUUUAAGCGAGAAAAAGGAUUCCCACGGAAAAAAGGAGGGUAAGAGCACGAAUAUACGGGUACUCAUUGGCAGCCACCCCCACCCAUUUUCUCUUCAAGAGCGGACAACAAGGGGCAGCACGUAUCAGUGUAAUGGGUGCCAACAACCCGGAUACGGGCCCUAUUACUUGUGCACCGACAACAGCUGCAGUUUCCAUUAUCACAAGCACUGUGGCGAAAUUUUAAGGCAUAAUGCACCUUUCCACGGCAACCACCGUCCCUACCCGAUUGGGCGUUAUAAUUUCGAGGAGGGAGCACCAAACAAAGUACGGGACUGCGUCGCAUGCGGCGACCAAGUCCGGGGGCUCAGGUACAGAGUGUGGCGCGGGCGCCUUUACCCGCACCUAAACAACCGUGUCUUCCACCCACUCUGCACGUUACUCCCUCCAAAGAUCGAAGAUCCCGGUGAAUCGAAGAUAACGCUGGAGCUCAAGAAAAGGAUCGCAGGCAAUUGCUCCAUGUGCAACGGCAAGGCCAAGGGAUGGGCUUACAAUAGUACCUGCGGGAACUACUGUUACCAUGUCGGGUGUGUGAAGAAUAGGAUCAUGCAGAAUGGGCAGCAGGAUGAAGCCUCAGAAAAUGGAGGGACUCAGCGAAGAAUAGUCAUCCACGUGGAAAUACCGUCGCCACAGAUUCGGAAAGUGGCAGAAGUGGCUAUUCUGCUCAUCAUCAAAGCCCUCUUCGGGGUCCUGGACAUCACAGACAUCUUCACAGUGCUUUUCACUUGAUCCCUGCUCCCCCCCCUUCCCGUUGGCAUACGUUACUUUCCUAGAUCAGUCUCGGUAUGACUAUAGAUGGAUUGUUUUACCAGUACCGUUCAAGUUCUAUGGAUGACACUCCCUCCAUGGGGUGUCUCGUGAAAGAGUUGAAGAUAUCAAUUUUACUGUAAAUAAAAAGGGUCUUAGUACUUAUUUAUCAACUUGGAUUUUCUAA